CACUAAUAACAGGAGGUAGGUGAUCUGUGACAUGAACGAAAAUAGCGAUUCUGAAUUUAAAACGGUAUCAUAUAAACGAAAACGACGUAGUCCUAAUAAGAAGGAUAUUCUUAAACUUAACAAUUCCUCUACGGAAUCAGAUAUUGAUUUAGAACAAACUGUUAGACGGAUUUCCAUAGCUAAAGCUGAAAUUAUCACCACAGAUUUGUAUGCUUCUGUAAAAGCAUCGCUCAAAGAAGGAUUGGAAAGUUUAGGCAAUCCCCGAAUAUCUGAAAUAAUUUGUUUAGGAUUGGGCCGAAUUGGUGAGUGUUUGAUAGCAAGAUUCCAAUUGGCAGUGCUCUUAAAUUUGAGUGAUCAAUUUGGCUCAAAAAUUUCGGUAUAUGAUCCUAUUUUUAGUGGAACAGACAAAGAGAUAUUGCGUUCAUUUGAAAUUGAGAUUUUAAAUGAAAACUUAGAAGGAAAAUACUCAAUAAAUAACAAUAAAACAGUUUUGUUUUAUAUGCCUCACUGUUCUAAACAAUUAACCAAUAACCUAAUUUGGGCUAACUGGGGUCUUAACCUAGGUCAUUGUGUUAUUGUGGCUAACAGUUUUAACAAGAUUAUAGAAUCAAGUUCUACUAGACAUGUGGCAGAGUGUGCAAAUUAUAUAACAAAAAUUUUACCUUACGUUUUUGAAGUUGCCAUCAUAAAUACAUUUAAGUAUUAUGAGGUAUUCAGUGACAUUGCUGUGCAUGUUUUUCCUAAAAUGAAUUUAGUUUGUCCAGAUGUAUGGAAGGAUAAUCAAGAACCUGGUUAUAAACAGAAUGAUAUAGAAUUUAUUAUAAAUGCUGUGAAUAGUUUGUAAUUUUAAGACUUAGAUGUAGAUAUUUAAGACUUUUUAAAUAAAUAUGAUUUAAUGAACUAAUGCUUGGUUAUUUCUUCAGAGUGUUGAAAACAUGGCGUCAAAAAUCUGCACAAUAAGGCAAAUCAUUAGUGAACUAAGAUAUGUCUUGCCUGAAGGUAACUUAAAGAAUAACCUGAUGCUGCAAUAUGUGAUAAGUCAGUUCAGAAAAUACAAAACUACAGAUGAGCAACUGUGUAAAGCUAGACAAGAAAUGGAGUUCAUGGCAAAGACUUAUUUGUGCUACUUGAAGAGCACUAGAUUGAGUGAUGAGAUUCAACAAGAAUAUCAUGGAAAGGGUGAGAGAACAGUGUCAGAUACUGCUAAAAUGGUUGGAUUUAAGUUGCCUCAUGAUCCUAAAUAGUUGUAAGAAUGUGUAAUAUAAACGUAUAAGUUGUAUAAACAUGUAGAUAUGCAAGAUUGUUAACUAGUGUUAUCAAUAUUAGAAAAUUAUCAUUUAAUGAUGUAAAAAAUAUAAACAAAAUCAUA